AAUUUAUUCAACAGUCAUGCACUUCCUUGGACUUACCACUGCUGUCUCUGUUAUGCUCCUGGCUACUACUGCCCAAGCCGCAACAGUGUGUACAGUAACGACUUCAAGCACUGGAGAUGAUGCCGUCUCAAUCAAUGCAGCAUUUGAGUCUUGCAAAAAUGGCGGUACCGUUGUAUUCCCAUCCGGUUCUACCUUCAAUAUGAAGUCUGUGGUUUCUGUCACUGGUCUCCAGGAUGUAACUGUCAAGUUCUCUUCCACAGUCAAUCUCCCAGCCUACAACACUGCAUUUGAGAGCGAAAAGGCCUUCUUCUACCUUGCUGGUGACAACAUCAACUUUUAUGGACCAGGUGUAUUCUACGGAAAUGGUCAGGGCUGGUACAACGCCGCCAACAACAAUGCUCCCGUUGUUUUUAAGCCAAAGGCUACAAACUCUUACUUUGCUGGCUUUACUAUCAAACAGGCUCCUCGCGCUCAUUUCAGUGUCAACAACUGUGUAAACACUUUAUUCGAAUCAUUGACUAUAAACACUGUCUCUUCAUCUACGAGCUACCCAGCUAAGAACACCGAUGCCUUUGAUGUUUCUUCAUCAAGUGAUAUCACUAUCCGUAGCUCCAACAUUGUCAACGGUGAUGACUGUAUUGCUGUAAACGGAGGUGUCACAAACUUGACCGUUUCUGGCCUUACUUGCACCGGAAGCCACGGUUUCAGUGUAGGGUCUCUUGGAAAGGACGGCAAGACCGAGGUUGUUUCUGACUUGAAAUUUUUGGGCAAUAAAUGUAUCGACUGUCAAAACGGUGUCAGAAUCAAGACCUGGCCUGGAGGAAAGGGUAGCGUUACUGGAAUUACCUUUGAUAACAUCAACCUCCAGAAUGCCGAGAACCCCAUCUUGAUCACCACCCAUUACUGCGAUGACCAAAAGGCUGAAAGCUGUAUUGGAAGCGACUCGACCUCCUUGAGCAUCAGUGAUGUAACUCUUAACAACAUUUAUGGUACUGUUUCUGCUACCAAGAAAAAGCCUAUUAUCAGCGUUAACUGCUCUACUGAAACUCCUUGCAAAAACUUUGCCAUCACCAAUAUCAACAUUGUGGCCGCCUCAAACACGCCCAAGAACGUCUGCACUAAUCUUUCCGGGUCGUCUUCUAUUUCCUACUGCAGCGUUUAGAAGAUAAUUGCUACUAUAAUAUACCCAAGUCAAUCUAUCCCUAUUUAGCAUAUACGUUUAUUGGAAAUAAAUGAGAAAUAUAAAUAAAAAUCUUUUUAUUUAUUUACU